AUGGCGUCGAGUCGUGCGUCUCUCCCUAACCUCGCCUUGCUGUUGUGGCGUGAUAAUCCACCGAAGGCCUACGGAGAUGUGGCCUACCGUCUGAACUCCCAACCUUGCAGUGCGUCAGAGACCACCAACACAAAAUACGAGGCACCACUUCUGGUGGUUCCCAAGAACCCCACACUCUUUACCCUGUCACUUGCCUGGGCCCUGCAUGAGACGCAGCCACCCAAAUACCAGUACCGGGACCCCAAGACCUCGGAACUACUCCUGUGCGACCAGUGCCCGCCGGGCACGGCCGUACACCGUCACUGCGGCGCCGACGGUCCGACCGUCUGCACCCCCUGUCCCGAGAAGCACUUUUCGGAGCAGUGGCACUGGGACGACAGCUGCCAGUACUGCACGACCGUGUGCAAGGAGAGACAGCUGGUGCGGAGAGAGUGCAACAGCACGCACGACCGGCUGUGCGAGUGCAUGCCCGGGUAUCAUCUUCUGGUGGAGUUCUGCGUCAAACACACCGCCUGUCCCCCUGGUUCGGGUGUUGUCACGCCAGGCACACCCAUCAGUGACACAGUGUGUGAGAAGUGUCCUCUUGGUCACUACUCCAGCAUGUCGUCAACCACUGAGGCCUGUGUGCCCCAUCGGAACUGCACCCAGCUCGGCCUGAAGACACUGCACGCAGGGUCAGCCACGGAGGACACCGUGUGUGAGAGUGACGCCAAGGACUCGUCACACGAGUGUACGCACCGACACACCGGCUGUCAUACAGACAUCACGCUGUGUGAGGAGGCAGUGUUCAGGUUCCUGGCGUCUCCGCGUCUGGCCUCCGUCCCUUUGGAGCGGCUGCUGGAGAGCCUGCCUGGGCGUAGGGUGGACUGGAAGAGCGUGGAGCGUCUGAAGAAAGCCUGCAGUCCCCAGCAGCAGGUCCUGCAGCUUCUGCGCAUGUGGAGAGAGCAGAACAAAGAUCAGGAUAAACUCUACAGAAUCAUCCAAGGUGUGAACCACUGUGAGAGGAAGGUGUCUCGCUGCACAGACGUGAGGAAUCUAACUCUGGGAGACCUCCUUCUCGUCAUGGAGAGUCUUCCCGGUGAGAAGGUGAGUGAUGAGGAUGUCCACGCCCUCAUACGCUCCUGCCCCUCCAAACAGUACAUCUUGCAGCUCCUCCACCUGUGGAAGAGCCGAAACGACGACCAGGACCUGGUCAAAGGCCUGGCCCACGGCCUACGCAAGCUCCGCUCGCAGGGGGCCCCGCGGCACCUCCUCAAAACCCUCAAACGGAUCAGCCGCAUCAUUACCGCCUCCUCCCUGCAGCGCAUGUACGAGAAGAUUAUCCUCAGCAUGAUCCAGGACAGCUCCUGCUUCAAAUCCAAACCCUACAACGACUGA